GAACAGACAAAGUAAAUUGUGCUGAUUAGGAUAUUGUCAAAAUAGAACCAGUACUGUCAAUAGGCAUUUUGUAAUAAAAUGAUCUAAUUUAAAAUGGCUAGUCAUUUUGGGGAAGUAAUAUUUCCAUCAUCACGGGCAUUUUGGGAUGACGAAGACGAAUAUGAACCAAAUGAGAACUUAGAACAUUGCCCGAAAUUACGUAUUUGCUGGCUAAAAAAUAAGCCAGAACACAUACAAAAAUUCAUCAUAAUAGAAGGAGACCCAUUAAUUCCUUUUAUAAAACAAUGCUUGUGUCUAAACAAUACAAAAGAAGUAUGCAUCAUUGAAAAUGAAAAUCAAAAGAAAGUUUCUAUUAUCUAUCAUAUUGAUAAACAAAUAUAUUUGUGUAUAAUUUUACCACAGUUUGAUACAAAAGAUGCAGGAACAUUUGUAAAUCAGAUAUCUGACUUAUUAUUAACUACAGAGAACACAAUUUCAAUAGUGUGCCGUCAUGUAUCACAGUUUCAGAGUACAAAUAUACCUGAAAUUCCAUCAUUUUUAAGAAUAUUGGCUACCAAAAAUGCAAAUGUUUCCAAGUGUAAAAUUGAACCAUUAGAACAACCAAAUAUUGUAUUUGGAGUUGGCGCAGGAGUUUUGUCUUAUGCUGAACUAACAGACAUAUCAGCCAAAUUAUAUAUAUUAUAUAUUGACAAUUUUGUAUUGGAUUCAAAGUGUGCAGAACCAAUUUUACAAAUUUUAACUAAUGAAAUAGAUUGUAAAUUACAGCUUCCCAAACUUACAGAAAAUUUCUUUAGUAAAGGAAACCUUUACAUGUAAAA